CGGCAGUAGGGACGAAUCAGAGUACCAAGGCUUGAAUGCUGGGUGACCUUUGUAUGUUAGUUGACUUCUCUGAGCCUUAGACUCCUCUUCUGUAAGAGAAAUACCCACCUCAAAACUGACCAUGGAAUAUGAGUUAAUGUACCUGUAGGUCAAUGCUUCUCAGCUUGAGGAAUUUGUCCCCUAAAGAGACACUGAACACUGUCUGGAGACGGUUUCAGGUGACACCAGUGGGUUCUGUUACUGACAUCAGCUUCUUUCUGCCCUCAGGGUCAGUGGGGCCCCACCUUGCAGUGGGCACCAGAUAUACCUACCGAGCUUUGGCUAAUUCCAGCACCAGCCCGCAGGGGGCCCGGGAGGAGGGGACUGGCCUGGGCCUCCAAGGCGUGGCCAUCUUUGAUGUGCUUGGUCGGUGUCUGAUGGCCUUGAGGGAACACAGAAGAAGGACUGUGACCUCCCCUUGGGGAUCCCAGCAGGAAAGUGACCAGAUGCUGGCUCCCUCGCUUUGCCAUUUGGUGCAGAGAGAACCCCGGCUUUGUUUGUCACGUGUCACAUAUCCUGGGAAGUUCAGGAAAGCUCUUCUGCCAGCUCCAGCUCAUGCUGAAGGCAAUGCCGGCCUGGCUGCCACAGUCCUUGUCCCCGUGCUGAGUGCCCGUGCCUCCCCGAGUGGCACCCCUGAGAUCCGGCUGGCAGCUGUCCUUCCGGAGGGUCCCCUGCUCCGUGCACGAGCACCAGGUGGACGGGGACAGGGUUGGUCUUGCUCACAGCUGUCAUCCGGCCUCACUAGGCAGGCGCAUCGGAGGUGCUCAGGAUGUACCUGGUGUGUGAAGAGCGAUCCACGCUGUCCUGCCUGUCCCAAGCCCCAGGGGAGGACACGGAGCUCUGCCAUCAAUGCCUACCUGGCCCUGGCGAGGUGUCCGGGGGAGGAGGGUGACCGCUCGAGCCACACCUCCAGCCCAUUUUGCUGUGGUUAUUUUGGAGAUGGAGAGAGGGGUCUCGUGAGCUGUUUGCCUGGGUUGAUCUUGAACCUUGGUGAUCCUGAUCCAGCCUCCAAAGUAGCUAGGAUUACAGGCCCUGUGUCUUCUGCCUUUAGCGUGAUUCUCCCUAAGUGGGGUGGAGAUGCAAAGGACAUGACUUUUGCACAGAAAAGUCUCAGGUAGGAGCUUGGGUGUGACUUGGGGGCACAGCGCUAGCCUGCAUGCAUAAGGUCCUGGGUUCCCCUGUCAGCACCCCAAAAAAAGAGAAGUCCAAUGCAGUGCUGCUACCUUCUUAAAAAGGGGUGCUCUUAGAUGAUGCGGCCAGGUUCCAGACCUGGGGGUGGUGAAGGGGGGUGGGGGUUUUGUUCUGAGCUCCAUCAGGGCACUGCUAAGCCCACGUCCCCCCACCCAGGGUGCCAGUCAAGGGCCGUGGGCACCAGGCUGUUUGUUAAGUAGGUGUCUUGUUUGAUCUUGUUUUGUUCGAGAUGGGGCCUCUCUAUGUAGCCAAGGCUGGCCUCAAGGUCUUGAUCCUCCUGUCUCAGCCUCCCGAGUGCUGGGAUUACAGGCAUGAGCCACCAUGCCCAGAAGGUGGGUACCUUGUUCCUCAAAAGUCAGCCCUGUUCAGUGGUGGGCUGUUCUAGAAGCUUCCUUCUUCUGCUAGACCCUAAUAGUCCCCUCUGCACUUGUUCUGGUUUCGUCUUAUACCUCCAGGGACCCUCACAGGUCUCCAGAGUGAAUUGCACCCCUCGUCCACCUGAAAGAUAACAGCCUUUAGGUCCUGGCUGUGUUCUGGAAACAGCUAUGAGAUGAACUGUGACUUCAUUUUACAGGUGAGGAAACUGACGCCCAGCGAGGUGGGGUGACUGUCCUGAGGUCACACAGUGAACCGGGACUUAGCCUUGGGUCUGAGUCUCAUGCCAGGGUCCUUUCCCUUCUGGAAAGUUUGUCUGAGGCUCCUGGGAGGCUGCCAUGUGGUCUGGUGUCAACCUGGGCUGACCGAGGCCUUUUUCUCUGGGCUGGACCAGAUCCAGGCCCACGGCUCACAGCCCCACGUCCACUGCUGCCACCCCCCUGCAGUGGCCUCUUUUGUGUGGCGUCACCUUCAGCGGCUGCUGGAGACGGAUGACCCCAUGGAAUGUGCGCUCCAGGACGCCCUCCCGGAGGACGUGCUCAGUGGGGGGUCCCUCGGAACCCCGGAAACACUCAACCUGCUCGGCCGUCACCUUCCGCUCAGGCAGGUGUAUCCUGGCCCCGUCCUGCUCGGGGGCCCCAGAGGUGUGCAGAGCCCCGAGCUCAACUUCUGGGUCAGGUUCUUCCCCAGGGGCCAAAUACAGGUCACCUGCUUGAUGUAUGUGGUCCACAGCACCUGCCACUUUGGGGAGAAGUCAAAAAGAACCAAGCAUCAGCCACUUGGACUUAGGGCCAUCUUUUCUCUCAACUGGAUCUUUGAAAUUUAUUUUGUCUGUCUGUCUAUCUAUCUAUCUAUCUAUCUAUCUUUGAGACAGGGUCUGGCUAUGUUGCUCAGGCUA